AUGAAGUUAGAUGUUCUCCAAAACAUUCUAAAAGAGAAAAUUGCAUCUAAGAUUAUUUUGUUAGUCCUCGACGAUGUAUGGAAUGAAGACAAGGAGGAGUGGAGAAAGUUGUGUGCGCCAUUCAUGUAUGCUGCUCCAGGAAGCAAUGUCAUAUGGAAGCCGAUUGUUCUUGGCGAUUUAGAUGAAAUAUCUUUUUGGGAGCUGUUCAAGCAAUGUGCAUUUGGUCCUUCCAAACCUGAGGAGCACCCAGAACUUGUGGAAAUCGGGAGAAGUAUAGCUUCGAAGUUGAAGGGCUUGCCACUAGCAGCAAAAACAGUGGGAAACUUGUUAGGAUCCAACAUGAACCCACACUACUGGAGAAGUAUAAUGAAGAGCGAGGUAUGGAUAUUGCAACAGAAUAAUAAGAAUGAUAUUAUUCCAGUCCUACAACUGAGCUAUCAAUAUCUUAGUGCACCUCUCAAGCGGUGUUUUGCCUUCUGUUCUCUCUUUCAAAAGAAUUACAUGUUUUCUGAAAUUGAAUUAACAAGAAUGUGGAUCGCUGAAGGGUUCGUUGUAGCUCAAGGAAAUCAGAGGAUGGAAGAUGUAGCAAGUAAGUACUUGCAUGAGUUGGUCAACAUGUCUUUAUUUCAAACAUCGCGGGGGGAUUAUUACGUGAUGCAUGACCUCAUACAUGAUCUAACACAGUCGGUUUCUGUGGACGAAACAAGUAGGAUGGAUAAUGGCAAGUCCAAUAAGAUAUCAACCACCCUCCGUCAUCUAGCAGUUGAAACAGAAUUCGUAGAGACAAAAGAAUUGAGAUGCAUUCGUGUAUUGGUUUUGUCUCAUUGUGGCUUGCAGAUGCUGGCUACGAGUGUUGGUGGAUUGGUACAUCUCCGGUACCUGGACAUUUCUUACAAUGAAUUGGAAGAAUUGCCUGAAUCACUAUGUGAACUCUACAAUUUGCAAACACUGAUAGUAAAAGGCAACUUCCUAAUCUCUCUUCCAGAAGAUAUAAUUCAGCUGGUUAACUUGAGGCAUCUGGAUGUUGAAAAUGAAAUAGUUGUAAAGAUAAAAAUGAUAGGGAGGCUAAUCUCUCUGGAAGAAUUGUUUGAAUUCCGAGUGCGAAAGGAAGUUGGAUUCAUGAUCACAGAGCUAAGUGGUUUGCAGCAGCUUCAUGGAAAACUCAAAAUUACUAAUUCGGAGAUUGUUGAAAGUAAAGAAGAGGCUGAAAUGGCUCAAAUGAAGAACAAAGAGUACCUUGAUGCUCUAGAGUUGGGAUGGGGAUUUUAUACCAAGUUGGAGAAUAAGUUAGUUGCCACGGAGGAGGUACUUGAAGGACUCCAACCACAUGAGUCACUAAAAGGAUUAAAGAUCAGGAGGUAUUGUGGUGCCAGAUCACCAAGCUGGAUGAAAAAGGAGGAAUUAUCCAACUUGGAAAGACUUGAGUUGAGUUUCUGUGAGAGUUGGAAAGAUAUUUCCUGCACUGCAUUGCUGCCGCACCUCAUGGUCUUCCACAUAGAGAGCACGUGGUUCUCGAAAUCAUGUUUUGAGGUAUGUGGUUCUAGUGAGAGCAAAUUAUUUCCUAUGCUAGAAGAGCUAUAGUUGA